AUGACAAAAACAAUUACAUCAACAAAUUCGGCAACAACUACUAAAAGAACAACAAAAAAAAAGGCUAAAGAUCCAAAUGCACCAAAACGUUUUCGAACAGCUUAUAUUUUAUUUUCCGUUGAAAAACGUGAGGAAGUUAAAAAUGAUAAUCCAGGUUUGUCAGGAAAAGAAAUGCUAGCAGAACUUGGUGCUCAAUGGAAAGCUGCUGAUGCAGCAACUAAACAACGUUUUCAAAAAUUGUCCGAUGCUGAAAAAAGUGAAUAUGAAGAAAAAAUGGCUGCUUACAAAGGUGAACAAGGUGAUAAAGAAUCAGCAUCAAAAGAAAAUCGUAAAAAGAAAAAAUCUUCGAAAAAAGAUGAAAUUAUAGAUAAUGGACUUGAUAAUUCAAUGGAAGAUUAA